AUGGUCAUAAUGUUAUUAUUUUUUGUUCUCACCUUCGUUAUUGGAGUUCUGACUAUCAACCUGUGGAGGGCUAGAAGGAAGCUUCCGAAAGGUCCCACACCUCUUCCACUGAUAGGAAACUUUCACCAACUAGCCUAUACAUGCUGGAAGGCUGGAGGAACUGUCGCUGGAUACAAUGAGUUCCGAAAAGAGUUUGGAAAAGUCUUCACGAUAUGGCUAGGUCCUCUACCUACAGUACACAUUGCUGACAUUGAAGUCGCACAUGAGACACAUGUCAAAAGAGCUAAUAUCUUUGGAGUACGGUAUUCGAAUGGAGGGAUAAAUUAUAUUCGGGAAGACAAAGGAGUCAUUUCCUCAAAUGGCGAGUAUUGGCAGGAACACAGAAGAUUCGCGUUGACAACGCUGAGGAACUUUGGGUUGGGGAGGAAUAUUAUGGAGGAGAAGAUUAUGGAGGAGUAUCGAUACAGGUUCCAAGACUACAAAAGAACCAACUUCAAGAAUGGUGGAAUUGAAGUACAUGCUUCUUCUUGCUUCGAUCUUCUGGUUGGAUCCAUUAUUAACACAAUGCUGGUAUCCGAGAGGUUUGAACAGGGUGACGAGGAGUUCGAUUAUAUGCUAGAAAGUGUAGAGAGAUCUCUGGGACGACUCUCGAUUUUCGAUUCAUUCACACCACCGUGGAUUUUGAAGUCGGAUUGGUGGCAAUGGAGGACGAAAUACGUCUUUGGAGGUUUGGAGUUCUUACUGGGGAUGGCAAAAAGGCAAAUUGAGAGAAGAGUCGAAGCAAUAUCAAAUGGGGAGCAUGCCAUUGGGGAGGAUGCUGAAGACUUUUUAGAUGCAUUUUUAAUCAAGAUGGAUAAAGAUAAACGGGAUGGAAUAGUGGAUUCUUCAUUCAAUCUUGAUUCGCUUGCGAUCGACUUUUUUGAUCUAUGGCUAGCAGGUCAGGAGACAACAUCUACAACUAUGGUAUGGGCAUGUGUUUGUCUUCUCAACCACCCUGAAGUCGUUGCGGAGUUGAGAAGAGAGCUACUAGAGGUUACUGGAGGCACUAGAUGUCUUACAUUAAGAGAUAAGCCUAAUACACCAUACCUGAACGCCACUAUCAAUGUAAGUGUUAUAUGGAAUACCGGAAUAUGGUACAAAAUUCAGGAGAUUCAAAGAAUCGCUUCGAUUUUCAACACGAACAUAUUCCGAAUCCUUGAAGAAGAUGCUUUAAUUGAUGGGCAGAUUGUGUCCGCUGGUGCCGUGUUCACUGCUCAAAUCUCUCUUCUUCACACCGAUGAAGCGGUUUUUAAAGAUAAUACAAAGUUCGAUCCAGGUCGAUUCAUGGAAAACAAUAAUUUGGAGAAGAACUUGAUAGCCUUUGGACUUGGAAAGAGAUCAUGUCUCGGGGAGUCAUUGGCUAAGGCAGAAUUGUAUUUGAUUACCGGAAACCUGAUCCUGGAUUUCGAUUUAGAGCCAAUUGGACCUGUGCCAGAAAUCAAGACAACUACUCCGUUCGGAUUGAUGAAGAGACCUCCGAGCUAUAAUAUAAGAUUUGUACCAAUUGAAAACCCGUGCCAGUUCACACCAUUGGAUAUUACGCUUGGAAGGCUGGAGGAAUUGUCGCUGGAUUCCGAGAGAUUGAACGAAUUUACGGAAAAAUUUUUACAUUAUGGAUGGGCCCAAUUCCUACGGUACCCAUUGCUGACUUCGAGAUCGCACAUGAGACUCAUGUUAAAAGAGCCCAUACUUUUGAAGUAUGGACCAAUGAAUUUCAUUAGAGAAAGACGAGGAAUCGCUGCAUCGAAUGGAGAGUUUUGGCAGGAACACAGGAGAUUUGCAUUGAAAACGUUGAGAGACUUCGGGUUGGGAAUAGUUACGGAGUCAAGGAUUCAACUUUUAGGUAAGAAUGUUCUUCUGAAAUUUCCCUUUUCUAGUCUCAAGACUCUUGCAAUCGACUUGUUUGAUCUAUAUGUAGUCGGUCAGGAGACAACAUCAACAACUUUGACAUGGGCGUACGCGUGUCUUCUAAAUCAUCCAGAAGUUGUUGAGGAGCUGAGAAAAGAAUUAGUUGGUGUUACUGGAGGAACCAGAGGAGUGUCGUUGACUGAUAAACCGAACACGCCGUAUUUGAAUGCUACCGUUAACAUGAGAAAGUCAACGUCUAUCCUCAACAUCAACCUAUUCCGUCAACUUCAAGAGGAUACCGUAAUCGAUGGUCAACCGGUGUCCGCAGGAACCGUGGUCACCACCCAAUUGUCUCUUCUUCAUACCAAUGAAGCCGUCUUCAAAAAUCACACAGUUUUCAAUCCAAACCAAUAUUUGGAGAACAGCUAUUUGGAGAAAACUUUAAUACCGUUUGGUAUCGGAAAGCGAGCAUGUCCUGGGGAGUCCUUGGCUAGAGCAGAGUUAUAUUUGGUUGGUACUAAGCUCUUGAAAUUAAAAUUGAUCAUUGGUAACCUGGUCUUAGAAUUUAAUUUUGAACCAGUUGGGAUGAAGCCAGAAAUCAAAACUGCAUCUCCAUUCGGAUCGAUGAAGAGGCCACCGAACUAUCACAUUAGAUUUGUCCCAGUUAAUAAUUGA